GUGGGUUGUGUUUAGGAGUAGUAUUAACAUGAGACACAGUGAUGGUGGGUUGUGUUUAGGAGUAGUAUUAACAUGAGACACAGUGAUGGUGGGUUGUGUUUAGGAGUAGUAUUAACAUGAGACACAGUGAUGGUGGGUUGUGUUUAGGAGUAGUAUAAACAUGAGACACAGUGAUGGUGGGUUGUGUUUAGGAGUAGUAUUAACAUGAGACACAGUGAUGGUGGGUUGUGUUUAGGAGUAGUAUUAACAUGAGACACAGUGAUGGUGGGUUGUGUUUAGGAGUAGUAUAAACCUAAGACACAGUGAUGGUGGGCUGUGUUUAGGAGUAGUAUUAACAUGAGACACAGUGAUGGUGGAUUGUGUUUAGGAGUAUUAUUAACAUGAGACACAGUGAUGGUGGGUUGUGUUUAGGAGUAGUAUUAACAUGAGACACAGUGAUGGUGGGUUGUGUUUAGGAGUAGUAUUAACAUGAGACACAGUGAUGGUGGGUUGUGUUUAGGAGUAGUAUUAACAUGAGACACAGUGAUGGUGGGUUGUGUUUAGGAGUAGUAUUAACAUGAGACACAGUGAUGGUGGGUUGUGUUUAGGAGUAGUAUUAACAUGAGACACAGUGAUGGUGGGUUGUGUUUAGGAGUAGUAUUAACAUGAGACAGUGACGAUGGGUUGUGGUUUUGUUGGUUUAAAUGCACACACUCAGUAUCACUUCCCUGUUCUCCUUUCCUGUCUGUCCUCUGACAGACCUCCCGAGUCAUAUCAGAAAUCUGUAUAUACACAUUAGACUUUACAGAACAUGUUCCUUUGUAGCUCAGUUGGUAGAACAUGGCACCUGCAACGUUAUGGGUUUGGUUCCCAGGACCACCCAUUGGUGCUCUAGUCUAGAUCACUGAACCUUCAGUACCACUUUGAUGCAGCCGAUGAGGAGUGAUGGUCAUGGGUGUGUAAAUGGAAUGGGUUCUAAUUGAAUAACAUCAUGGAACUUUGUCCUGUAUAUACAGAACUCAGAAGGGCAAGGUAGGUCAUUAAAAUGUUAACGUUAUAAAUAGUUUAGUUUAGUUCACUUACUUCUUGCUUUCACUCACUACUGUUUAAUAAAAUAAAUAUAUGCCCAGACAUGUCUUUUACACAAUUUCUGUUCUAUUACAGUAACAACCCUUUUCUGGCGUGUUGGUCUGGUUGUCGUGGAUGUUAAUGUCUUUAAUAAACAGGAAGGACAGUUCUGCAUCCACUACUUGUGUUCUGACUGCUUUUAUAAUGUUUCAACACUUCAGGUUUUCACUCACUACCAGACAGUUGACUCACUGUACAAGACCUCUCCUCUUCACUUCACUCUACUGCAGGGUGGGAGAUGCAACAAUGGCCUUGAGAACAGCAGGAAGUGUGUUGGUGGUCUUUCUCUGGUCUGUGACAGUGGUACUGGGUCAGGAUGGCUGGAGUGUGACUUACACCACUCAGAGUAUCUGUACCUUGAAGGGGUCAACAGUGGAGCUGACCUGCUCUUAUACAUAUCCCAGAGGUAAAGUCACAACAACACUCUGGUUCACUAAAAUGGAGGCUGGUAUAGAACCUGAAGAUAUAGGUCAGGACCCAGAGUAUUCAGGUCGUCUGGAGUAUCAUGGAGAUAAGAAGAAAGACUGUACCCUGAGAAUCACAGACCUGAGAGAGAGAGACUCAGCUACGUACAAGUUCAGAUUUCUAACGGAUCAGGAAGGAGGGAAAUUUUCUGGAAGUCCUGGAGUCUCUCUUUCUGUCAAAGGUCUUCAGGUGAAGGUGAUUGGUGGACAUCAGGAUAAGACACUGACCUGUAGCACCACCUGUACUCUGACUGACAACCCCACCUACAUCUGGUACAAGAACGGACAACAUCUAGAUGAGAGCACCUUCCCCCAGUACAAAGACUCAGUCUCCAAUGACUAUGAUGCCAGUUAUUCCUGUGCUGUAAAAGGCCAUGAGGAUCUCCACUCUCCUGCAGUGUGUGUUCAGGGUCAGAGCUGCAACAGAGUGACUUACACCAAGAGGAGAAUCUGUGUCUUGAAGGGGUCAACAGUGGACAUAUCCUGUACUUAUGUUGGUUAUUAUUACACCAAAUCAUCAUUCUGGUUUAGAAGUGAUAAGUCGACCACUGAAGACCUAACCACUGACCCAGGGUAUGCAGGUCGUGUGGAGUACACUGGAACAUACAGAGGUCCCUUCACCCUGAGAAUCACAGAUCUGAGAGAGGAGGACUCAGCUGAGUAUCGCUUCACUUUUAAAACCGACAACAUUGAAUGGGGUCAUAGUAUCCCAGGAACAACUCUGUCUGUCGCAGACCUGCAGUUGAAGGGGACUCCUGCUGCAGAGGGACAGAAGACACUGACCUGUAUCACCACCUGUACUCUGACUGACAACCCCACCUACAUCUGGUAUAAGAACGGACAACAUCUAGAUGAGAGCACCUCCCCCCAGUACAAAGACCCAGUCUCCAGUAACUAUGAAGACAGUUACUCCUGUGCCGUAAAAGGCCAUGAGGAUCUCCACUCUCCUCUGAGGAGGACUCAGCUGAGUAUCGCUUCACUUUUAAAACACACAACAUUGAACUGGGGUCAUAGUUUCCCAGGAACAACUCUGUCUGUCACAGGUCUGCAGGUGAAGGUGACUCCUGCUGCAGAGGGACAGAAGACACUGACCUGUAGCACCACCUGUACUCUGACUGACAACCCCACCUACAUCUGGUACAAGAACGGACAGAAUGUACAAGGUGUCUCCUCCCCCAUGUACUCCAUCAGCAGUGAGGAUGCAGACAGCUACUUCUGUGCUGUAAAAGGCCGUCUCAGCUCUCCUGCAGUGUAUAAACCAAAGACCUCAGUGUCAGUCAGUCCCUCUGGUGAAAUAGUGGAGGGCAGUUCAGUGACUCUGACCUGCAGCAGUGAUGCCAACCCACCUGUCCAGAGUUACACCUGGUGGUACAAGAAGAAUGGAGGUGACUGUCAGAGUAUGACAGGACCACAGCAUGUCUUCAGUCACAUCCAGUCAUCUGACAGUGGAGAGUACUACUGUGAGUCCCAGAAUGAGAUGGGGACAGACAGGUCUGGGACCAUCAACAUGGAUGUGAAAGAGGGAGACUCUAGUCCAGUGUAUGACAACAUCUCAAACAUGGCCAUGACCUCUACUGCAGCACAGACAGCUGACACAGACAACCAGGAUGAUGUUCACUACGCCAGCGUCCACUUCUCUGGCUCCAAAAACCAGGAAGUGCCUCUGUACUCCACCGUCCAGGUGCCUCAGCCCCAGAAAGAGGAUGAGGAUGUCCAGUACGCUGCUCUGAAAUUCAACCUCCCCUGUGCUGCCACCCGAACACUCAAGCCAGCCACACUGAUGUGUCAGAGGAAACACCUUGCACCUGGCGACUGUGUCACACCCGACACGCCACAGGAGUCGCUAGAGCGCAAUGGAACAAGGACGUCCCUGCCUACCAAACCCUCCCCUAACCCGGAAGACGCUGGGCCAGUUAUCCACCGCCUGAUGGGAUUGCGCUGGUGGACCUCUCCUCCCCUCAUGACUCCAGUGAUGGACCUCUCCUCCCCUCAGGACUCCAGUGGAAGACCUCUCCUCUCUCUGGACUCCAGUGUGUCUCCCCUCAGGACUCCAGUGGUGGACCUCUCCUCUCCCCUCCAGGACUCCAGUGUGAUGGACAUCUCCUCCCCUCAGGACUCCAGUAGUGGAUCUCCUCCCAUGAUGAUUCUCCUGGACAUCCCUCCCCUCAGGACCCCAGUGGACUCCAGUGGUGGACCUCUCCUCCCCUCAUGA